AUGUCUGGAAAGAGAAGAGCGUAUCCAUCGAUGCAAUAUCCUGCCACCGAACCUGUGGCCACAGGUGGCAGUUUUGGAUAUGGUCAACAACCAGGCGCUCAGGCUUAUGGACAACAGUUUACUCCAGGAGCUGGAAUUGCGGGUCAGCAACUACCGGGAGCCACUCAACCAAAUUUGAAUGGACAGGGAGCUCCAUAUGGUGCACCAGGUGGAGAUCAGUUAGCUCAAGGCAUGUCCUCUUUGAAUAUUCAGCCAAAUCAACAACCCCAACCUGUUCACCAAUUCCCUUCGCAACAGCAGGGGUAUAUCAAUCCGGGUGCUGGUUUGGGUGUCCCUCCAACUCAGGCAGCUGGUCCUUAUGGUGUCCCAGCUGCCGUUGCUCCACAACAACAAUCAGCCCAACUUGGAUACGCAGGUCCUCCAUAUGGAAACACGUAUGAUCAACAGCAACCUCAGCAAGCUGCAUUUCCGUUCAAUCAACUAUAUACUGCUGAUCUUUUGAAGGAGCUACCUCCACCAAUAUCAGACUUAGAGUUGCCGCCGCCACCAAUUGUCUUACCUCAAGGAGCUUCCUUGACGGGCAAACCUGAAUCUAAUGCCAGCCCAGAAUACUUCAGGUGCACACUAAAUGUAAUCCCAAACAACAAUUCAUUACUGAAAAAAUCGAAGCUGCCCCUUGCCGUUGUUGUAAACCCAUAUCAAUGUCUCAGAGAUGAGGAUGAGCCAGUUCCUGUUGUCGAAGACACGCUCAUAUCCAGAUGUCGUCGUUGCCGAUCUUAUAUCAAUCCUUUAAUCACAUUUGUUGAUAGAAACACCAAAUGGAGAUGCAAUCUUUGUAAUCUAACAAACGAUGUUCCAUCAGGAUUUGAUUUUGACAAGGAUACCCAACAACGUGUUGAUAGAAUGGCCAGAGUCGAAUUGAACUAUAGCGUUGUGGAAUUUGUGGCUCCAAAGGAGUACAUGGUGCGCUUGCCACAGCCAUUGGUUUACCUAUUUGUUUUGGAUGUGAGUACUCAUGCCAUUCAAAAUGGCUACCUUGCCACCGUUGCCAGAACUAUUUUAGACUCACUUGAUCAAAUUCCAAACAAAGACGGACGUGCAAGAGUAGGUUUCAUUGGUGUGGACUCUUCUUUGCACUUUUUCACAAUUCCUCAAGAUUCAGAGGACGAGAAUGAUGCGCAAGAAACUUCAAUGUUAGUUGUUUCUGACUUGGAUGAUGUUAUAGUUCCUGCAGCAGAGAAUCUUCUGGCUCCCUUGCAGCAAUCUCGUCAGAAUAUUGAGAAUUUGCUCAACAAUUUUCACAGUUACUUUGAGAAUAAUGUCAACCCCAACUUUGCACUAGGUCCUGCACUUAAAGCUGGUCAUCGCUUGAUUAACAACAUCGGAGGAAAAAUGAUUGUAUUCACUUCCACUUUACCUAAUAAGGGAAUUGGAGCUCUUUCUAUCAGAGAUGAGGAAGCUCAUAGCGGCAAGGCCAAGGAAUCAAGUGCAUUACUGUCACCAAAUGACUCAUUUUAUAAGUCCUUCGCUGUUGAGUGUAAUAAGUCUCAAGUCACCGUGGAUAUGUUUUUAGCUUCUUCAUCAUACCAAGAUGUGGCCACUCUGUCCAACUUGCCUAGGUAUACAGCAGGUCAGACGCACUUUUAUCCUGCAUGGACCGCUGCCAGAGAGGAAGAUAUUACCAAACUUUCAAAGGAGAUAUCUAAUCAUCUGUCAAUGAACAUCAACUUGGAAGCUGUAUUAAGGGUUAGAGGAUCUGCAGGCUUGAGGAUGAAUGCUUUCUACGGAAACUUCUUCAACAGGUCUUCUGACUUGUGUUCUUUCCCUACUUUCCCAAGAGAUCAGUCCUAUUUGAUUGAGAUCAGCAUCGAUGAGCACAUCACUAAACCCUUGGCCGCUUUCCAAGCGGCCGUUUUGCACACUACAUCUUUUGGUGAAAGAAGAAUCCGUGUGAUGACUCUGGAGGUUCCUAUAGGAAAAGAACUGAAUCAGAUCUAUGCCAGUGCAGACCAACUGGCCAUCACAAACUACUUCACCCAUAAGGCUGUGGAGAAAGCUUUAUCGUCUUCAUUAAUUGAUGCUCGGGAAUACUUAAAUAGAUCUCUUCUUGAUAUUUUCCAAGUAUUCAAGAAAGAAUUAGUUGCAGGAAAUCUGGGUUCCAGCUCCCCUCUUCAAUUGUGCAACAACCUGAAAAUGUUGCCUUUGCUGUUGCACUCUUUAACAAAGUAUAUUGCUUUCCGUCCAGGUAAAGUGCCCAGUGAUCAUCGUGCUUAUGCUUUGAAUUUGUUGGCUUCAAGUCCAAUUCAAAGACUGAUUAAAUUUAUCUAUCCAACGAUUUAUUCGCUUCACGAUAUGGCUGAUGAAUGCGGAUUGCCUGAGGAGCUUGAAGAAACAUACGUGAAUGAGGCUGGAGAAGAGGUAACUGAACCCAUCGAUGGAGACAUUGUUCUACCUGAGCCUAUUAAUGACACAUCCACGUUGUUAGCUCCUUAUGGAUUAUAUCUGAUCGAUUCAGGCACCGACUUGUUCUUAUAUGUUGGAGGUGAAUCGGUUCCGCAAUUACUAUUAGAUGUAUUUGGUGUUGACAAUCCAGGUUACAUUAAAUAUGGAAAGAGUGAGCUACCAGAACUGAACAACGAGUUCAACGAACGUCUUAGAAAUGUUAUUAAUCGUGUUAGAGAAGGCAAAGAUAGGAUUACCUACCAGAACUUGCAAAUUGUCAUCGGUCAAAGUAAGCAAAGAACGGGCGUACCAGAUAGGAUUCAAGAGGACCUCACUCCGUUACGCUUAUGGUGUUUCAGCCAUCUUGUGGAGGACCGCGUUGGAGGCGGUACUGCUUACAGAGAGUACCUAAACCAAAUCCGUGAAAAACUGUCUUCUUAA